AUGAAGAGGUUCAAGCAGGCCGUCUCCAAGAUACGGAGCCGUGACUCAGAAGAGUCCACCACAGCAAUUCAGAAGAGCGGUGCCACACCCAGCGAAGACGAUACCUCUCCCGCCCUCUGGACCACAGGACAAGAGUUCCAGUUCUACGUUCCCUGGCUCUGGAAGGACAGCCCAGAGCCACCCCGAGAGAAGCGCGGGCUACACCCAGACCGACAAAUAGUCCGAAUUACCCGACUUACCAAUCUUCCAGGCUUCACAGAUGAGUUUCACGAUGCUUGGAUUCAGCAGUGCGUGGCAAACGCGGUGAAGUACCUGGUCUUUGACAAAGAACACUACCCGACUUGCACCGAAAGCGAGCUCGAUCAGCGACGCAAGGACAAGACAGAGGCAUGGAAGCAGUUCAACAUUGUGCAGAGACAGUGCAACCUUCCUAAGAUUGCACUUCCAGGAUACGAUGGCGUCUUGGCUGUGGAGAUGACCAUUGUCAUCAAAGAGGCGUUUGUCAGCCAGGACCCAGCCUCUGCUUCCACCUUGCUCGCCUGGCGCGCUCUGCCAACCCCCGGAAAAUGCAUCGAGAGAAUCAAGAAUCAAAUCCAGAUCCACCUUACUCCAGAGUGCAGCAUGCAUGUUCACAUCCGGCCGGAGAAGAUGCAGGCUUUUGACCUACUUUCUUUCAAACAGAUGGCUUCAAUCCUGUGGCUAGCUGAGGAGCGGCUUGACAAGCUCUACCAUCCUGCACACAGCGCUUCCAACAGCGCUUUUCAUCAUCGCUCUCUACGAUAUCACUCCAACCUUGCACUGAAUCAUAGCCCUAUCCUAGCAAGCCGUGAUGACGACCAUGCUGCAGUCUUGGAAUUCUUGGAUUCAGAGGCUACAGAGAAGAAGAACCUUGGCACCAUUUGGCAGGCCAUCAACCGCCACCAGCUGAGGGAGCUGCUCCGCGUCCAUCCCAGCAUCGGAAAACAUGACUUUGCUGCCUACAACUUCUUCAACCUCUUCAUGGCCUCCGAGAAGCAAACAAUUGAGUUUCGGAAGACGGAGUCAACCACGGAUGGAGAGGUCAUCGACGCCUGGAUUGAGGCGUUUAUCAUCCUCGCCCACUUCUGCAUGACCUCCCCGAUGGAGAAAUUCCAGACCGUUUUGGAAAGCCUGGCAAAGCCCCAGAUUGCCUACAACACCUGGAACCUGCUGGAGGAUAUCGGAUGCAGGAAGACUAUCGUCGACGUGCUGAAGCAGAAGGCCUGGAGGCAGUGGCUUGCUCAGGGACCAGCUGCUUGCCCCACGCGAACGGGGGUUGACAGCCCUGGUUCGACCAGACAGAACUUCGCGUCUAGGGCUCACUUCCUAGCUGCCAUUCGCAGAGGCACAGAGAAAUUCUGGGGAAUGGUUGCGACCGGCUAUAGCUAUGGCCGCUGA